GGGAGACCAGAUAUAGUGAAUGCAGGGUCCGGGGAGACCAGAUAUAGUGAAUGCAGGGUCUGGGGAGAGCGGCUAUAGUGAAUGCAGGGUCUGGGGAGACCAGAUAUAGUGAAUGCAGGGUCCGGGGAGACCGGAUAUAGUGAAUGCAGGGACCGGGGGGACCGGAUAUAGUGAAUGCAGGGUCCAGGGAGAGCAGAUAUAGUGAUUGCAGGGGUCCGGGGAGAGCGGAUGUAGUGAAUGCAGGGUCCGGGGAGAGCGGAUGUAGUGAAUGCAGGGUCCGGGGAGAGCGGAUGUAGUGAAUGCAGGGUCCGGGGAGAGCGGAUGUAGUGAAUGCAGGGUCCGGGGACAGCGGAUGUAGUGAAUGCAGGGUCCGGGGACA